CUACAUGUGACUAUAUAUGACAACGUGUACAUGACCACAUGUGACUAUAUAUGUAUAUAUAUAAAAUUUAUCUACACCACCAAAAAAGUUCACAAAUUAAUCUAUAUAAAAUGGUGAAUAGAACAAUGCGGUUGAAAAAGAAAAUUAUUACUUACCGUGCCAGCAGUUUAAGGUAAUCAAUUAUGCUUCGUUUGCUUUCCUCUGCUUUUCUUGAUUGUCUGUGCCAAAUGCUGCUCAAGGCAUACAUUAUAUAUUAUUAAAAAAGAAAAACAAGAAAAUAGCAGACAAUUUUAAAUGUACAGAAAAGAAGCCAAGUGUUCAAAGAAUUAACCAAAAGAUUAAAAUUAAUGUCCAUAAAAGUAUUUUGAAUGGAAAGCUGUGAAGGGGAGAGCACAAAGCAGAUUGCGCUACGAAGUAUAAAAAACAGUUUGAAAGUAGCCAAAGGCAACUAUGACAGGGACAACAGUAAGAAAACCGAGGAAGUGGUGAGCAAAAUGCUGGCAAAGGGGUUCGUAUUGGGAAAAGACGCCCUCAACAGGGCCAAGUCGUUCGACGACAAGCACCACCUGUCGUCGAACGCCUCCGCCACCGUGGCUUCCAUCGACCACAAGAUAGGGCUGAGUGAGAAGCUCAGCAUGGGGACCGCCUUGGUCAACGAGAAGGUCAAGGAAAUGGAUGAGCUCCUCCAAUUGUUGGAAAUCACCAAAUCGGCGUUCGCCACCGCCGAGCAGAAGGCCAACAGCAUCAUGAGCAACCGCUACGUGUCGACCGGGGCCUCGUGGGUGACGAGCGCGCUGAGCGCCGUCACAAAGGCGUCAGAGGAUGUUGGGAUUAUGACUAAGGAGAAAGUCGAAAGGGCGGAGGAGGAAAAGAAGGAGAAGGUGCCGAUCAUUGGGGGUCUGAUUUCACGAAUACUCGUAGGGAUGAAUUUCCGGCUAUUGGGGGUCAGAUUUUAUGAACAGAACCAUCAAUCAAUUAAUUAAUUAAUUAAUUAAUUAAUUUUUUCAAAUCCUUAAACAAUUGCAGCACCAAAUAGAGAAGGGGCCAAGAUGAAAAUCCAACUUCAAAAAGUAGUACACAAAAUCGAUAAAAUCAAAUCGUUCAAUCAUCACUCAGAAAAUAUUUUCCUCUGCAAAAUCCUCAUUAAUUUUCUAAUAAUCUGAUGCAAAUAUUAAAUGAAUAAAUAAAAAUGAAUUAUCAAAUAACAAGUAACAAAGAAAAAUACUAGUUUGAUAGAACACCAGAUAUGAGAAUUGUAUGUACAGAGCAAAUUAAUGUAAAUCGAAAUCGAAACGGCAACAGAAUAGAAUAAAAUCUGCAUAGAAUUGUAUGCAGAUACAUAUAGUCAUAUACAGUCAUAUAUGUAGUCAUGUAUAAUCAUAAUAAUAAUCCAGCCCAACUACUAUAUCAUAUGUUCGCCUUCAGAUUAGAACUGUAUGAUCAUAUAAUCAUGCAUCUGUUAGAGAGGAAACGUGAUUGCCUAGUUAAUGUAUCCUAAAUUCUUAAUAGACAGAAACCCCACAAGAAACGAAAAAUAAUUUAAUUCCAGUUAAGAUACAUCAAGAUUAAUACGGUGUGAGAGAGAGGUAUAGUGAGAUGGCAGUUAACCAAUGACCAUUGUGCAAAAGACUUACACAGUUCAAAAUGUCUACUAACUUUCUAAUGUGUGUGAGGAUUGACAACUAAGAUAAGGCCAUCAAACAGAUUCUAGAAUUAGAUAAAUGUAUGAUCAGUAAACAUACACUGGAGGGGUUUUUAAGUCUUUGUGCUUCAUCAAUUAUCGCAUAAUGCCAAUG